AUGACAUUUUCUUUUACAAAAAAGGAAUGGUGGACGCUUUUUAGAUAACCUCGAAAUUGGUGAAACUAAGGAGGACUUUCGAGUAAAAAGUUAUUUAAUAGUUUCUGCAAUGGCAAGUGGGAGAGCAAGUGGCCGUCGGGCUCCAGAUACUGAGUCUUCGAUACAGCGUGUGCAGAUGGAUGGAUUGGCGGUGAUGAAGAUGGUGAAGCACAGCCACGAGGAGGCGGUCGGCAACAUGGAGGUGGCGCAGGGCGCGCUCCUGGGACUCGUGGUCGAGGGCUGCCUCGAGAUCACCAACUGCUUCCCCUUCCCCAAGCACAACGACGACACCAUGGACGAAGAGGAGUACCAGCUGGCGAUGAUGCGCCGGCUGCGACGCGUCAACGUGGACCACUUCCACGUGGGCUGGUACCAGAGCGCCGACGUGGGCAACUUCCUUAGCCUGCCCCUGCUGGAGUCCCAGUACCACUACCAGACCUCCAUCGAGGAGUCGGUGGUCGUCAUCUACGACACGCAGAAGACGGCGCGGGGGUUCCUGGCGCUGAAGGCGUACCGCCUCACGCCGCAGGCCAUCGCCAUGUACAAGGAGAGCGACUUCACGCCGGAGGCGCUGCGCACCCUCAAGGUGGGCUACGAGACGUUGUUCGCGGAGGUUCCCGUGGCGGUGCGCAACUCGCAGCUGACCGGCAUCCUGCUGAGCGAGCUGGGGGAGCUGGUGCCCGAGGAGCAGGGGGCUCGCUUCCUGGACCUGGGCACGGCGUCCGUGCUGGAGGCGCAGCUGCGCAGCCUCAUGGAGCGCGUAGACGAGCUCAACCAGGAGGCCAUCAAGUUCAACCGCCACCAGCAGCAGGUGGUGCGCCAGCAGCAGGACAAGCACCGCUACCUCAUGAAGCGGGCCCAGGAGAACGCGGCCCGCCUGGCCAAGGACGAGCCGCCGCUGCCCGAGGAGGACCCCAGCAAGCUGUUCCGCCCCAUCCCGGUGCCACACCGCCUCAACCCCAUGAUCGUGUCGGGCCAGAUCAGCGCCUACAGCCAGCACGUGUCCCAGUUCUGCUCCCAGGCGCUGGCCAAGCUGUACAUCACGCAGGCGCUGCAGGGCGCCAAGGAGGGGGCCGCCGCGCCCUGACGCCCCGUCUCUUGUUUGGUUACAUUUCAGUAACGGUGAUGUUAAAUACAGUUUCUGUUGUGGCUCAUA